CCCUAUUCCCAGAUGUAGGAAGUAGAACCGCGGCAGACACUGCAAAAUGUGCUGACUGCAUUGGCCGGUCAGUGUGCCGUUGAGUCGGUAAGACGGUGAGUAAGUGAGACCUAUAAUAUGCUGAUCAGCCAUUCUCAUAUGCAGUGGGUGCUACUGAGCGCCUGGUUCUGUUCCCAACUUGGCUACUGCUUGAUUUGUUGGGUGUGGUCAUGUUGAGUACCUUUGGGUACGAACAGACACUCAGUAACUCUGUGAGCAUUCGUCGGUAACCGCAUAUCAGAAAUUCAAGGUUGGACUGCAGAUGGCCAGUGGAAAUUUGUUCCCGGUGGAAGCAACCCGGCGGAUAUUGUCUUACGUGGUACUACCACAACUGAACUCGCAACCUCUAUGUGGUUCACAGGGCCACCGGUCUUGACCCAACCGAUAUCCCAGUGACCAAAGUCUCCAGAAACUAUCGAUAUAAACUAAGAAGUUGUCAAGGCAGAGCAAAGAAGAAGCGCAUUCUGUAAAACCAUGAUCAACAAUCACGUUCUCCAACAUUUGACCCGCAUUAGCUCCUACAUUCGUUGCCUCCACACCAUCGCCUAUGCCUUUCGCUUUGCAACAAUAUCACGGGGAGGUAAAAUUGUCGACGCAUCGCUUACCCCAGACGAACUCCGUCACGCAUCGUACAGCAUCGUUUACAACAUUCAGCAACAGUCGAUUCGAGAAGACUUUCGCUCGCUACAGAAAGCUAAACCGCUUACAAGUCAUUUUAAAUAUUUAACUCCAUUUCUCGACAGCUCCUCAGGAUAUGCCCCCAUCAGCGUUGGAGGACGACUCCAGGACACCGAUAUCCCUGAAACUAAACGGCACCCGCUGCUGCUUCCUAGCAAGGCGCACUUCACUUGGAUCUAUGUUCGGCACUUGCAUUUACGGAAUUGUCAUGCAGGCCCGAAAGCUCUGACCGCGCUAAUCCGUUUGGAAUACUGGAUCGUCAAUGCCAGAGACAUCGCUCGUCGAGUGGUGCGUUCCUGUAUGGCGUGCGUUCGGUUUAAGCCUAAACUGGAGAACGAUCUCAUGGGAUCGCUGCCACCAGAACGAGUACAAUCACAACAACCGUUCCAGAAGUGUGGCGUCGACUUCUGCGGACCAUUUAACACGCAUCUCCCUCAAAGUCCUAUCUAGCCGUCCUUAUUUGUUUGGCUUCCAAGGCAGUGCACAUAGAAGUCGACUCUGAUUUGUCAACCAAGGCAUUUCUCGCAGCACUUAAACGGAUGAUCGUCCGGCGCUUAAGCCCAUCGGAUAUCUGCGACAAUGGAACUAAUUUUGUCGGAGCUGCCAAUCAUCUCCGUGAACUACAAGAAGACAAAGCCACGCAAGAGACCGCGAAGAGCGCGAAGAGUCUGCUCUACAGAACGCUAAUGAACACAAGAUUUACAUUUGAAGAGCUCUGUACCAUCAGCAGAGAAGUCGAAGCGAUGCUGAAUUCGCGCCCGCUGUCUCCGCUAUCUGCGGAUCCCAACGACCUUGGAGCACUUACUCCGGGUAACUUCCUUGUGGGGAGAUCUCUUCGCGCGCUUCCACAGAAAAUCAUCUCAUCCACAAAUGUCUCCAACCUAGAAAGAUUUGAUGCCGUAGUCACAGCUAAGCAGGAAUUUUGGCGUCGGUGGUCACCCGACUACCUACAAGAACUGCGUUCCCGCACUAAAUCGACAACGCCAUCAGAAAACAUUUGAGCGGACACUAUGGUCAUUAUUCACGACGACGGCCCACGUUCGAGCAAGCACAGGCAUAUGCUGCCGACCAGUACAUAAGCUUUUCCUCAGCUGGUCUCUCUUUGUACCCAAUAAUAUAAACAUAAUCUCAUUUAAUAAUCGACUACAUAUUUACACUCUGUUAAUCCUCUGUAAGCAACCCCAUGUAAUCUCUCUGCUGCUAAUAAAGGUUCAGUUACAGUUGCAGAUCAAAGUAAAA